AUGGGGUAUAGUGAUGGUUCAGGGAAGAAGAAGGUUACCAUUAUUGGUCUCUCUUCAGUUCUCCUAGUUGCAAUGGUGGUGGCAGUGGCGGUUGGUAUCAACAACAAGAACGCUGGAGCCCCCGCUGGUGGCUCCACGGGUAAUGGUGAGAUAUCCACCAGCAACAAGGCAGUCACUGCCAUCUGCCAAUCUACAGAUUACAAGGAAACAUGUAUCAACAGCCUCUCCUCCGCCAAGAACACUACCGACCCUAAAGAGCUAAUCAAGUUGGCUUUCCAGGUCACCUAUCACCCAUUGGAAAUCAGAGCCCAAGGGGUUUCAAAGACUCUACACAAAGAGAGAACCCCAAGAGCUUAUGAUGGUUCAGGGAAGAAGAAGGUUACCAUUAUUGGUCUCUCUUCAGUUCUCCUAGUUGCAAUGGUGGUGGCAGUGGCGGUUGGUAUCAACAACAAGAACGCUGGAGCCCCCGCUGGUGGCUCCACGGGUAAUGGUGAGAUAUCCACCAGCAACAAGGCAGUCACUGCCAUCUGCCAAUCUACAGAUUACAAGGAAACAUGUAUCAACAGCCUCUCCUCCGCCAAGAACACUACCGACCCUAAAGAGCUAAUCAAGUUGGCUUUCCAGGUAACUAUAAACCACAUUGGUGACGCCAUUAAAAGCUCUUCUGUUCUUAAAGAAGCAGCCAAGGACCCAAGAACCUCUCAAGCAUUUGAGACUUGCAAAGAGCUUUUGGACACCUCCAUUGACGAUCUCAAGAGAUCUUUCGAUAAGGUCAGUGAAUUUGACGCAAGCAAGAUGGAUGAUUACGUUGCAGAUCUCAAGGUAUGGCUCAGUGGUUCCAUCACCUACCAAGAGACUUGCUUGGAUGGUUUCGAAAACACCACCGGCGACUCAGGCGAGAAAAUGAGGAAGCUUUUGAAAACCUCUGCAGAGCUCUCGAGCAACGGUCUUGCCAUGGUUUCCGAGCUUUCCCAGCUCCUUUCUUCCUUGCAAAUCCCGGGUCUUAACCGUCGUCUCUUGUCUGAUGACUCUGAUAAUGAUUAUCCUUCAUGGGUCAAUUCUGGAAACAAGAAGAUGCUCCUCCAGGCCACNAUAAAUUAUAGGCAUCAGUUAUCAUAA